CACGGUGUACCGGAAGGCGUCCUCGGGUGGAGCUUGUCUGUGGUUCGCCACCGUGGGAUACUUUCCGUUCUCAGGACAGUCUUGUGAACCAAAGGGAUCAAGUAGGGGGGAAAAGCAGAAUUGGUGUGUACGUUUGAACCUUUUGUCAAGACUUUGUCAGAGAUAACAGCAUGGGUGCACAUGAAGAGAAGAAAGAAACAUGUGGAACCAUCUGCUUGAAAUACCUACUGAUCACAUUCAAUUUCCUCUUUUGGCUUGCAGGGGGCAUUGUGAUGGCUGUGGGUGUUUGGACUUUGGUUGAAAAGAGCGACUACAUCAGCCUUCUCCCCUCCAUGACAUAUGCUGCCUCUGCCUACAUAUUGGUCCUCGCUGGAGCCAUCGUCAUGGUAACAGGGGUUCUGGGAUGCUGUGCCACCUUCAAGGAGCAGAGGAGGCUACUGCGAGUGUAUUUUGUCCUGCUGCUGUGUAUUUUCCUGUUGGAGAUCCUUGCUGGGGUUCUGGCUUAUAUCUACUAUCGGCAGUUAAAUGAGGAGCUGAAGCAGAACCUGAGGGCGACCAUGAUGCAGAAGUAUGAACAGAAGACUCAUGAGCAUGUUACCAGUGCUGUGGAUAAGCUGCAACAGGAGUUCAAGUGCUGUGGGAGCAACAAUUCAUCCGACUGGGCGGAAAGUGUCUGGAUCCGCUCCAAUGAUGGAAAUGGCAGGGUGGUGCCUGACAGCUGCUGCAAGACUCCAUCGGAGCUGUGUGGACGUGGGGAGCACCCCUCCAACAUCUACAAGGUUGAGGGUGGCUGUAUCUCAAAACUGGAGAAAUUCAUCCAGGACCACCUGAAGAUCAUUGGAGCGGUGGGUGUUGGGAUUGCCUGUGUCCAAAUAAUAGGGAUGGUAUUUACAUGCUGCCUGUACAGACGUCUCAAGUCAGAGCCGUACUAAAGAAGAAGAGGAGACGGAGGAAGUCACCUCAUUGACAUACUGAAAUAUCUCAUCGCUUCUUUUCACGUGGAGGGAGGUAAGGGAUUAAAUAACACAUCUAAGUUUCUUAUAAUGCUCGGAUGGAAAAACAAUUAAGGUUAUAAGUAAUUAGCCAUUCGAAUUAGCCUCAAGAUUACAGCAUUGAGAAAAUAAAUCCUAUCAGAGAUAAACUGGGGAAUAUUUUCUCUGAAUAUUUAAUGAAUUAAUUUAAUUUUGUGAGGGAUACCCUCUGUGGGAAUUCAAGGUACAAUACAGUGAUGUAAAUGUUUUGUAAUGUUAGUGUGACGGCUGAGUUUGUGGGCUAAAACCUGGUGACAAGUUUUAACAAGCCCACUUCACCUCCUGUAGCAUCCCACUGCCAUGUUAACUAACCACUCAUGCAUUUAAAACAUGUUUUCCAUGGUGGCUUUGUAAUUUCUCAACACUAAAUUGUACGACUGUUUUUAUACUCUGAAAUGUCUAGCUUACCUGUGAGCUAUUACUGUAGUUGAGCCUUUACUGCCUAAUGUGUCUUCACACAGCGACGUGCCACUGUUAGAUCAGGCUCUUAUCCCAGUGUGUUGGCAAGGACACUUUAUCUGCCAGUCUGACUGUACAAUGACUGGACCUUCCUCACCAGCAUAACUGUACCAUCACUGUAAUAACACAAUAGUGCCAGCGUUUUAACAAUUCACAUCUGGUCUAAUGUGCAAGGCUGAUGUGAUAUGAUAAGGUGUGAUGCCUACCAACAUUGCUGAAGGGAAAAUGCCUGAUUUUCUAUUUCACUGUAAUUUUUUUAUACCACUGAUGCCAAAAAUAGGCACUGACUGACCUGUGUGCGUCUGCUGUCUUCACCAAACACCAUGUCAAAUCAAUGUUUAUAGAUUGUCUUUUUAAAUUAAGAUUGUUUGUUAUACAUUUGGUUUUAAUAAAUAUCCAUCAAAA